AUGCACGCCUUCGCCGAGGGCCGUGCCAUUGGCACAGGCAAGGGUGGCGCGCGAGGGGCCAUCGUAAAGGUAGCUGUCCACUCACUGGCCAUUCGCAGUGUUGGAAUGCAUCGCAGUGGGACCACUAUCAGUGAUACCCUAGAGGCAUGCUGCCUUGAGCGGGCGUUAGAUAGUCGGCCUCUCAGUGCUAUGUACCUACUUUAUAGCAUGUUGGUUCGAAUAGAACAGUGA